UGGCGCCGGGAAAAAUGGCGGCGGCGACAUGAGCGGCCCGGGGCUGCGGCCUCGCGCCAUGACCAGUAAAGGGCGGAGGGGAGGCGGCCGGCCCCGCCCCCGCUCCCGCUCCCCGGGCCCGCGCGGCGGCGACAGGAGCAGGCGGCGACGCGUGGCGGCCGGCGACGGGGCAGGGGGGCCGCAGGACGACGAGGAGGCGGCGGCCGGGCCGGGCCGCGGGAACAAGGCGGAGGGUGAGGCCCCCCGCGGGGCCCCGAGCGAGCGCCUCGAGCCAUGUAUAUAUAAGACUCCAAAGAGAUCCCUGAAUAGCCGAUCACGGUUACCUACCUUCAGUUCUCCUGUCAACGAUACCGAUAUACAGCAUGAAAUUUUUUGGGAUCCUCAUUCACCAAUUGCAUACCAACUAGGUAAUGAAAAAAAGAAAUGUACUACCCGUAGAUGUACAGUUGAAAUUUCAGAUAUUGUUAAUCGUAUUGCUCCUCGGGAUGAAAAACCAGCCAGUUAUGAAGGAUCUCUUCUAGGCACAUGGAUUGGUGAAAAUGCCAUUCCCUGCACACCUGCAGUAGCAAGGACAGCAUUAAAUGGAACAAGAGUUCUUAAAAGAAAGAAUAGUGAAGAGGAGCUUAUGAAAUUGGCUGAGGAAUUUGAUAAAAAUCUGGUUGAGCUAGAUGCAGUCCAGGACCAAGAAGUUCAUUGCCAUGAUUUUCUCCAGACUACCUCACAGGCAGAGGCUCUACAUAAUUCUAAAGAUGAUGUACAGAUAAAAAAUCUGAAGUCAUUCCUGAAUGAAGUUCCUGAAGCAGAUGCAACUCUGUCCUUAAAACCAGUUAGAGAGAGCACUGGCAUCCGUGUAACGGAGCACUUUCAUACUAGCAGUCAGAAGUCUGUAGACCUUGAGGCUGAAUUAGCCCUUCGUGCCCUAUUUGAUUGUUCUACUCAGAAAUGCAGUGGACAAUUCAGCCAAGGCCUGUCGGGGAUUUCCUUAAAUAAUUGUUUUCAUGAGAGGAAAAGUACCCUGGAAGAAGAGAAAUGCAUUUCUCAGGAAAUGACAGAAACAAAGGGACAUGUUGGUGAAGAGAGAUGUCAAAAGCAAAACUCAGCCACUACGUUAGGAAAUGGUAACCACAUUGCAGCUCCAGAAACUAAUAUCUGUUUGCUGCCAAAGCAAAAUAUAGCUUCCUCAAAGACGGAAUCAGUGGCUUCCAGUAAACCUGCUCAAAUAGCUCAUGAUGAUUUCGAUGAGUGGGAUACUGAUUUAUUGGCAGAUGACUCCUUCAUAAUGCAAAUUACUCAAAAUCCUGAACUGCUCAGUACAGAAAAUGCAUCACCAACUACUAAAACAUGUACAGACUCUUUUAAUGGCAUUGGUCAAGCUAAAUACAAACCAAAUAGUUCUCAUUCAGUAGCUGGUAUUUCAGCCAAGUCCAGCAGUUCUCAAUAUGUGCCUCUGAAACAAUAUAGUAAAACCAUACAGGAUACUACAAAUUCAUUUCCUUUUCAGGAGCCAAGUAAUGGAACAGAAAAUUCAAAGCUACAAAAAGCCAGUUUGUAUGGGAAGCAAGAUGUUAAAGGUGAUGGAAUAAAUUACGCUGGAAAAGGUGCUCCAAAUAGAGGUUCUGACCAUACUCCUAUUUCAGUACAGUCUGGAGUUAAUGCAAAGGAAAGUAUUCAGUCAAAAAGUGGCUUCACUACUUAUUUUCCUGUAAAAGGAUCCUCUUCAGUCUUUGUACACUCUAAUCCACAUAGAGCACAGACUGGAAAAUAUGGAAAUAAGACACACAAUAUUUUUCAUCAAUCAUCCAAUGUUUCUACUAAUACAAAACCUAAUGAUCUAGUGAAAGUGGUUAGCCAAGCCAGUACAGGUCACCUAAACCAGGCUGAAUUGCCAAAGAAAUGUUCUGUGUCAUUUGAUGACUGGAAUGAGCCUAAGUUCUCUGAUGAAGUUUUAGAUAUGUUUUGUGAAUCUGAUAGUCUUUGGGACACAAACUGUGAGGAUGAUGAAUUAUUGUAUCAGGUGUGUGAUGAUGUGGAAAAGCAGACUCAAAGCCAACACAUUAAACAAGGAAAUGAAAGAGACAAAAUUAUACAAGGAACCAAUAUUAAUUCCAGAUCUAGUGCUGAUAACAGUUUUAUAGCAUCUAAACAAGGACCAUCUGAUCACCCACUAGCAGAAAGAAUCAACAUAAAAAAGGAAACUCUUUCAUUAGACACUUCUCAUACAAACUACUCAAAGGUUACAGACAGACUGACUACAGUGGGAAACGUGAACUGUAGAAACUUGUCAAAUGUUAUAGCUUCAGUCACAGACAUUCCUACACUACCCAAGUAUACGAAUUUUCAGACUUAUAAACAAACUGCUCCUGGAACAAAUAAUGUUCCUGGAAAAUGGCAUAGGUCUAAUUCAGUGCCUGUAGGAGGAUGUGAUUCUGAAAUUGGUCCAAUUAGUACAUUGAACACACGUAUUACUGCUUUUAAUAGUAAAGGGUUGCACAGCCAAGAUCUUCCACAUAACACCGGAAAGAUACAAAAUAACAGUUGUAUUAACAAAAUGUCAAAUAAAAUGUCAGUUGUGCCUUCAAAGUUUACAUUCAAAAAGAUUAAUACUUCUCAGGCUGCUGUUCAUGUAGAUCCUAAAACUAUAGAAGGCAGUUCAGGAAUCAGAGUUCCUCAACAUGGUUUAGAGGACAGCAAGAAUCAACUAAAUGUCCCUUUCCAUGGGAAGAUGGAAAUUAAUCAGAAACCACCUUUUAAGAGGAAGGUUUCAGACUCUUUUGCACAGUCUACAACAGUGUUUGUGAUGGAACAGAAAAAUAGAAAAUGCUCUCAAGAAGAGAUUGAAAAAAAAAAGCAAGAAGCUCUUGCACGACGAAAAUCUAGAAUGCAGGCACGUCUCAAUAAUACUUGAACUUCGUUUUGGAUUUUUCUUCUGCUAACUAAAAAAAUCAAUGAAGGAACUGACUUACUGUCUUAAAAUGAUCCGUGAUUCCUGAUUUUGAUAUUUUCUUACCUCCUUCCUGAGAUAUUUUGAAGCCUUUGUUAGAUCACUGAAGCACUUGCUUACUGUCAUUUAUAAAAGGAUUACAGUUCAGAGAACUUUUUUCUUAGCAGCUAUUCCAGUGAGGUUCAGUACUAUUCAGUACUAUUCAGUUCUCUCCAGUACUAUUGCAUAUUGCAAUUGAGUGGUUUAAAAUUCAUGCGAGUUAUAAUUAAAGUAUUUUUUAAAAGGAUUAAAGCCCUUUAAAGUUUAUUUGCCUAUUUCUAUUUUUUUGUGUUUUUUCUUACUUAUUAGAAAGCUCUUGUAAUCAAGAAAAUGAGUGUGUUCAGCCAUUUUAUAGUAACUGCUUUUAUUCUCAAACUGGCUUUAAUAAACUUGAAACAUACCUCAUGCUAAGUUGAAGCCUAAAAAUUCAGCUUUCAAAGCAGGAUCUAACACUCGCUGACUGAAAUAAGCUUAGGCAUCAGAAAACUAGUGCAAAUACAAGCAAUUUGGAGAGAUUAGGGUCAGUCUAUUUCUAUUAAAUAACAGUAUGAUCUACACAAGACGAUGAAAGAGUCUACUAUAGCAGCUGGCUAAUCUGCAAGUUAGAAUGUCCUGAAAAUAAAGUAAACUGUUCUCUUUUAUUAUUUCCAUUAAAAGUUGAAGAUAAUUUCAUGAUUAAUGUGUCAAGUGGCUAGUUAGGCCAGCCAUCCUGAACAAGAUAUCAUGGGGCUAAUAAUAACGCCAUUAGUGUUUAUUUUACUGGGCCAAUUUCGUAUAGUAUGGUCAAAAUAGAAUAUACUGGGCUGGUUCUUCAGUUGGUGUAAAUCAGCAUACCUGAAAAGCGUUACAGUCAAUGAAGUUAAGGAUCAGUGUGUACAUUGUGGAAAAUAAAUUUAUUUUCAGUUUUUAGUUAGAUUUUGGUGUAACCCUUGGUCAACAAAGAAAUGAAAGAUGGUGGAUCAAAUGCUACUCUCAUCCUAAAUUGUUCUGAUUUAACAGAAGGGUUUAUUGAUUUCACUGCUUUUACAUGAUAUAUGGAGAAUGAGCUCAACUUGUAAAAGUCUUUGUAAUUAAGCUGGUAGAUGUUUCACAACUUAAAUCAUUGCCACAUGAAUGCAGUUAUAAGUGCAAUUUAUGACUGAAAAAGUACUCUCUAGUUUAGUAAAUAAGUUUCUAAAAACUUUCACACAAUCUCAAAGUCUUCAUUUCUUGAAGAAUGUACUUGUAAAAUUCAAAUGUAAAUAAUGUACAUUUGUAAACCAUUAAACUUGCAUUUUUUUAA